AGCCACCACUUACCAAGCGGCGAUAAAUGACGAAAAUAUUGACCGGCACGAUAAGAAAACGGAUAAAUAUAAUAGUAAAGGUGCGAAAGAAAAAUUUGAGGACCUAAAAAAAUUACACGAACAAAUCGAAGAAUUACAAAAAAAACCGAACCCAACCGCAGAGGAAAAAGCAGAAUUAACCAAAAAAAAAGAGGAAUAUAAUGACAAAUUAAAGCAAGCCAAAAAAGAUACUAUUGAAAAUAUUCAAGACCAAUUAGCACAAAAUAAAUUGAGUAUUACCGAAUUAGACGACAACCGGAAUUUCUGA